AUGCCAAGACGGGUCCGAAGUGACAGUGACGACUCCAAGAAUGCAAGCCGAGUGGAGGGACCACGAGGGCGGCCAGAGGCAACAAAGCUCAUAUUGAACAGCAAAAUCGACGCGAUCUAUGCUUCCAUGAGAGCUGCUGGAAAGAUGAUCAUGCAGGAGUCGCCGGCCUCCACGAAGCCGUCGACGGAUGACACUCGCGGCAGCCAGCCAGUUUCAGUACUCCGCGUUUGUUGCAGCGAUCCGAAGCGGCUGAGCCUUGCUGGCAGCUACCGAGCCUUUGGGCAGCUCUAUGUGCGCGCCAGCUUCCGUAAGGAGCGCGGGGAGCACUAUAUCCACUAUUGGAAGGAGCCGGAUGAUUCUGAGCUAUGUGGCUGGUGGUUCAGUGACAAAGAUGGCCUUUCGAUGGCCUUUCACAAGGACACAGGCACACGGCCGCCUAAGACAGGCUGGAGCAUCCCGACCUUAAGCUUACGCACCUUUGAACCCAAGAAGGCCACCUGGAAGCCAUGA